AGAGUUCGUGGGUCAGGGGUUACGCGUAAGCAGCGUUGCGGGAGUACAAGAUACGAAUAUCAACUAUGCAUUCUCAAUUAUGAUAAUCUCUAACGUUACCUAUUUACUCAUGUGCUAUAUUUAAAACCCUUUACAAAAUAGAUUUUUCUGGAUUUCUCCCCAGUCCUCUGUUUUACGUCUACUAUUAAACCUCAUCGAAAGACGUUUGUUAACUUGUUAGCUAUCAAUACUUCUAGUAGUUUUCAAAUCAGGUGUUAUAACGAGAAGAGUUUCGGCGCCUGUGUAAAAUAUACAUAUAAUUCAAAAUGCAGGAAUUAAUCGCCUGUGUCGAUCACAUCAAAUUUGAUCUAGAAAUUGCUGUAGAGCAGCAGCUAGGCGCUCAACCAUUGCCUUUUCCCGGAAUGGAUAAAUCGGGUGCUGCUGUGUGUGAGUUCUUCAUGCGAGCUGCCUGUAUGAAAGGUGGAAUGUGUCCAUUCAGACAUAUCAGCGGAGAAAAGACUGUGGUGUGCAAGCACUGGCUUAGAGGAUUAUGCAAGAAGGGAGAUCAAUGUGAAUUUUUACACGAAUAUGAUAUGACAAAGAUGCCUGAGUGCUAUUUCUACUCAAAAUUUGGAGAGUGCAGUAACAAAGAGUGUCCAUUCUUGCACAUUGACCCAGAAUCUAAGAUUAAAGAUUGCCCAUGGUAUGAUAGGGGUUUUUGUAAACAUGGUCCGGAUUGCAGGCAUAGACACACAAGAAGAGUCAUCUGUGUAAAUUACCUUGUUGGUUUCUGCCCAGAGGGGAAGUCAUGCAAGUUUAUGCACCCGAGAUUUGAACUUCCUAUGGGUGCAUCUGAACAGCCACCACUGCAGCAACAAGUACAGUCCCAACAAAAGCAACAAAACACACAGCCCAUAAACAGAUCGUCACAGUCACUCAUUCAGUUGACAAACCCCAAUGUAAACAUAAACAACCACCAGAGAAUGCCAAACUCUGUUGGGAUGGUGCAGCAUAAUAGCAACAUGGGUGGAUCUCGUGGUCCUCGUCCACUGGACCAAGUUACAUGUUACAAGUGUGGUGAAAAGGGCCAUUAUGCAAACAAAUGCACUAAAGGGCACUUGGCUUUCCUGAGUGGACAGUAAAAGGUGACUUCAUUUCUACAAAGAGGAUUUCCAAAAAUGAUGGCUGUCACAUCCAGAUUAAGAUUUGAUUACUGGGUACAUUAACCUUUCAUUGCAAAGGUUAUAGUUGAGUGACAUGAAUUUGGUUCUACCUCAUUGUCCAUGUGCCAAAUGCUCUUGUGGACAUGUCACAGCAAAUAUAUAGUAUACAGGUAGAAUGAACAGUCACUAAACUUAAGUUUUUUUUCUUGUCACAUAUUCAUACUUUGAAACAAGAUUUUUGUAUUGAAGCUACAAGCCUCUUGACUCUUAAAACUCCGAGCAUUGCUGAUGAUAGAGGACAAUAUAUUAGGUUUUUUAGGGAGAGUAUUUUGAAGUUCAGUGGCAGUGAGGAUAUCACUUAGUAGUCUAUCAGCAUGCUUGAUGUAAAAAAAAAAGCUUUAGGGAUGUUGUCUUAUUACAAUAAAGAUAAACUGGAAAGUUAUUUGUAAUGUAUGUGUGUAUUUGCUUACAAGUCAGAGCAUCAGUAAAGUUGAUAAUCAUCUUGUCCGCAUAUGAAUUUUAAAUUAGGGCUGUCAAAACCAUUAUUUGCAAUUAAUCGCAUCCAGAAUAAAAGUUUGUUUACAUAAUAUAUGUCUGUGUACUGUGCAUAUUAAUUUUGUAUUAUAAACAUACUUGCAUAUAUAUUUAGGAAAUAUUUACAUGCAUUUAUUUAAAUUUACUAAUUUAAAUAAAUACAUGCUUUUUAAUUUCUAUAUUUUUCUUAAAUAUAUACAUUUUAUAAAUACAAAAUUUGCACAGUACACACCAGACUAUCAUGUAAACACAAACUUUUGCAAUGCGAUUAAUCGUUUGACAGCCCUAGUUCUAAACAAUCUGCAACAU